AUGGGAGCGGGGCUGUCGCAGCAACCAACACCCUCGUCGAAGCUCGCCUCGGCGCAUCCGUCUUCUAGCGCUCCUGCGGAUGCGUGGAAGUCGAGCAUGAGGGAUGAGGUGCUGUGCGGGAAGCCACUGCGGCAGAGCUCGCCGGAAACCUCCGCAGCCGUGCCGCGGGAAAACCUGUACAGCAUCGUGGAGGAAGAAGAUAUUGAUAUAGACUACGCAGAUGAAGAGAGUGUGCAGGCCUGUAAGGGCAGCGGUAGCGGCAGCGGCACAACACACCCGCAGCACCGCUAUCCCGUCAUGAUGCCGGGAGCCGGCUUAGCGAGGGUCGCUGUGCCGCCGAUACCCGUGAUGAGCGCCAUCGCCGCACCAGCCAGCCCAGUGAGCGCCUGCAGCUCCACCGCCACCGAUACGCCACGGUCUAUCUUGAGACAAUCAGGCACCGGAGGCGGCCGGACGCCGCGGUCGAACAGCCGCCGAAUUAGCUUCGUGGGAGUCUCGUCUCCCCGCCCGGAUGAGCACCGCUGCUGUCGCGAUGGCGAUGAAGAAAGCGGAGACGACAGUGACGACUACGAGUCAGCGGAGCCGUCGCUGCGCUACGACAUCGUGACGCUGGCGAUGUCUGCCACCUCAACCCCGCCGCGGCACUCUCGGAAGGUACACAGCCACGAUCCUUCUCUGCACAAUGGUCACUACCACAGCCACGAACAUGGCGAGGAUGACAGCAACGGGGCGUUGAGCCCGGUGCCGGCGUCACAGCACCAACAAAAGCGGACCUCCCCGUCACUUUCACCGGAGCGUCCGCGCCUGUCCAGCCGCUCUCCAACCCACUCACCGCCGCGCGACAGUGGAAGCGGAUACACAAUUUCGGCCGGGGCGCCAUUAUCGGCUGCCGUGACAGCCCCCUCCGCGCCUCCUCCGCCUGAGGAAGAGACGGACGUGAUUACGCUUGACGCGGCGCCGCAGCACCGCGCUCUUGACGAGCAGGAUCUCUUGAAGAGCCCCAAACGAGGCGGCAAUCAGCGUCGUGCGAAAAGCCCUUCGAUGGGAACCAACGGACGCGAUGAGGACGUGUUGACCCAGCCGCACAAUCGCAGCGAACCAAGCGGUAGCAGCCACGGCGCCGUUGUCGUGCGUCGCCUGCCUCCGCGGCAGCGCUGGCCAUCAGAGGCGUACCAAGAUGAACCCCAAACAGAGGUGAGCAAGACGCAGCGAGCGCGUCGAUCCCGGCGUGAGAGACUCGACCCAGAGGCCGACAUGGGCAGCAGCAGUAGCCGCUGCAGCAGCGACAUGGGCUCGAGCUGCACUGGCAGCGACGACUCCUUGUCAGCACGCUACGCCUCACCCCUUAAGCUGCAUCAAGAGGGGUAUCGAGGGUCGAGCUACCAGUCGACCUCAUCAUCGCCACCCGCGCUCGCCUGCGCAGCGGCAGUGGGAAGUGCAGGGGCACCGCCGAUCGGUCACCCCUCGCCGCAUCGACGUAGUACAAGCGCGAGAAAGGAUCGUGAUGGCACUAGCAGCGAAAGAAGUCGAGAAAAGUCGUUGACGCCGCGGUCACCUCCGUCGCUGACACAGCGAGACGACACAGACGAGCCGAUCCGCGGCAGCAGCGACCACGAUCACCAUCAUAGACACUCUUCCAGAGGAGCGGAGACAAGGUCUGGCCUGCCAGCAGAGGCUGGAGCAGCCCUACCGACAUCGCACAACCGCGGUCGCGGCACGCGAGUGGGUGUGGAAACGCGAGGUCCGUACACCCACGCAGUUGCCGCUGCCUUCCAUCUGUGCAGAGAAGCGAGUUACUCUCCUUCGACCAUCACAGACCGCAGCUCCGGCCAGAGCGUGGCAGGCGACCUGUCUGGCUCCGUGUCCGAGGCGGCCGCGCAGGAGGCGAGACGGGCACCGAGGAACUACCAGCAGCAGCAUGAGGUGGUACCGUCAGCUCUAUCAGCUACGACGGCGGCGGCGCCACUGAGGCUAUCCAAGGAUAGGAAGGUCAAAAAAGCAGUGGUUGCCGAAGAGCCGCAGGUGUACGUGGAUCCGCUCUUGCUCGAGCGUCGACAUCGCCACGAGCUCACGCGGCAAGAGUCGCCGUCGCAUGUAGAGCGGCACUCGGGGCUCCACGCGCGCCGCAGGCGCCCGGGGUCUAGAACUGCGGCGCAGCAGCAGCCAACCACCUUCCAGUCAGUGAGCUUGCGGGACAUAAUGAUGCGCCACGACUCGCCGGAGACCAAAUCACGACGCGGCACGCCAUCCAGUCAGUCCACUGCUCCGGCGAUAUUACGGCUUCCUUCUGACGUGCGGCAGCUUCAGCUCCAACACAACGGGGAUGGCGACGAUGAUGAUGCAGCUCACACCCUUACACCCGGCGCGGUAGCCUUGGAAGCAUCUGUUGCGUCCUCUUCGCUCCUCUCUAGUGGUGGCGUGCCGGCCGAUGAGCUUUUCUGGGACGAGCCGACGCCAACUUCGCGCGCCAGCAGCCGUUCACCGCCCCCUGUUUCCCCAAGAUCCUCCUCAACGCUGGCACCCAACACUCCCGACAGACACAAAGUGCUUCGCAAGAAGCUUGUUGUCGUCGUGCGCCGAAAGAAGAAUGGCUCAGCACAGUCAGAGAACGAUCCUGUGGUACAGAUGUCGCUGCUGCCCUUCAAGGAGGAAACUGCAGCUCUACUGAAAGCGAACGCCUCGCUGCAAGGGUCACCGCAGCAGCGACGCGCGCACAGCUCCGGCACCUCUGCCGCGGCAACCGUUCCGACUCUGGAGAAGCUGAUCAACAAAGUGGAGCGAGGCGAGAGUGCCUCCGUGUUCUCCCGCUGCCUCAGCCGCGCAUCUGAACAUCAAGGCCAGAGGCCGCGUGAACUUUCGGAGAGGCGCGACGGAGGCGACGACCACGCCGGUGAAAACGAGAUCAGCGAGGAAAACCGUAGGCGGUUCCGGCAUGCGCUGUCAGUGUUGUCAUCUCGAAGUGUGAGCCCGCGCGCGUCUGUCUCACCAUCGACUACGUCGAAGGCGGGGCGGUCUCAACGAAGUCGCACACGCUCACCAGACUCACAAAUCAAUGCCUCAUACGCUUGCGCGCGACCACUUCGCUGCAGCGGCAGCGCUAGCGAGGAGUCCGUAUCGCACACUGGCGAUGCCGCGCUGAGAAGGAGCAGUGGCCGCAGGCAUAUAUCUCACGUGGCGGCGGUGAGCGAGACGGCAGCGGCGAGCAUAGGUGCGACAUCGCCGCCCCAGCGUCGAUCUGCCCGUGGUGGCUCACGUCACUCCGACGAGAAGUCGGCGCGUAGGUCCGAGGGUGGGCAUCGCCACAAGUCGCGGCGGAGACAUAGUCACGAGAGCAUAGCACACAGCACCGCUGGGCACCAGCGGCGUUCUCUUUCAGGCGCAUCCAUGCCUGGCGCACCGUAUUGUGCGGCGCAGAACGACGAGUUCUACGGCGCCGCGGACAUGGCAAAGGAUGUGGCGACGCUCUUUCCAUCACCUUUUCAGGAGCGCAUCGGCAUCACACCGAUGUCAAUGCCGCUUCUACCGCGGCUGGUGCUGCGAGCGGAGCUUGGUGCGCUGCCGCAAGGGCAAUAUGCCCAUCACCCGCACAGUAACAUCGACGCAGCUCAGCGCACCAACGGUUCGUGGUCCGCCUCCGAUGACGAGGAUGAGCAUGCCAUGGGCCGAAUCACCGAUAGCGAAAGCGGUGGGCGUCGUUCACGUCCCCUGAUGCUGCAGUUCAGCAGUGGCACGCAAACGGAUCGGGCGACAGGAGUCAACCAUGCUUUUGGUAGCGCUCGCAGUGGGAUGCCUCUCUUAGCGGCGACGCCAGUGCAGAGGGCUGCCGCCAUUGGGCCGAUCGGAGGCACGCUUUCCUCAGCUCACCCCGGCAAACCCGUUGGCACGUCAGUGCCAACAAUCGGCGCUGGUCUGGCGGCAUCCUUACUCGCACCAACGCACAAUGCAGCUGGCGAUGCCGUGUUCAACGAAGAGAUGGCGUUAGCUGUCGAAAAGCGUGCAGCGAACUCGCCGCUCGUCGCGGAGGCUUCCGCUACAGAGUCGCCAGCAUCGUUUGUAAAGCGGGCGGCGUCACCGGCAGCGGCAGCGAAGCCCUUCACCGACUCCAACUCGCGUAUUCUCAGCGGCAGUGGCAGCGGCGCUGCUAAAGGAAGAGGUGAGGCCGCGGUCUUUGGCGGCAAUGUCGGGGCAUCGAGGGCGGCGUACGCCCCUCUAUUUUCGGCGACCUCAGCGCACGUGGCCGCGUCCAGCUCUAGGCCGGCCGCCCAGGACCUUAGCACCGCAGCACGUGCAAUGAUGGAUGCCACCACCAGUGUGCCGCUCUUUUUUCCGCCGCUGACUGUCGACAACGUGUCACAGUUAUCUCACGACUGGCAGUCCACGCUGCGUGAGCGCUCGAGCAAGGCGAAGCGGAGUGUGAUGGAGAGCUUUCUGAUUGCGUCGGCCGAGGCUGGUGCGGCGACAACGGCAGCUGCUGUCGCUGCUGCUGCACCGUCACCACCGCUGUACCUCGCGGACCCCGCCGCCACUGACGUAAACCCUUCGGACAUGUGCGCUGGUGGUUGCGGAGGCCUUACCGUCCCUGCUGUUGGUGCUGAGGCUCCCUCUGAGUGGCAGCAACGAGCCAGACCAGCACAGGCACACCAGGGUCUUGCGGUAGAGGAAUUUUAUGGGCGUUCUGUCACCUCAGCUGCCAUUGCCAAUGCGCCGCGCUCCGCGCAUUCCCUCCCGCCACGAUCUGGACCCCAGUCUUUCUCGGAAAUCAAGUGCGACGUGUGGCAACGCAGUGGCAGCCCACAAUUGGCGGCGCAGCGGGAGCCUGAGCAGCAGCAGGCAACGAGGUCUCCACCGUUUUCAGCACCCUCGGAAAACAAGUCCGUGCAGGGCAAAUCUGCAAUGCCGGUAGGCAGUGUUUCGAAAAGCUGUGCAGCCUCCAAGAGCAGAGACGGCGUAGAGGAACGUUCUACGUCAGCACGCAAGCACAGUCGCCGUCGACGUCGCCGCGCUUCGCCGGAACGUCGCGCCAACAGCAAUGGCGACCAGCUCACAGACGCCCUUAAUGCGGAGACCCUGUCGACAGUGGCAGCCGACUCGCCAUGCAAGAGCAGCAGCAGCGCUGAAAAGAUCAACAUGGUUGGCGACGUCACUGCGCUGGCGGGGGUUUCUCCACAACCUCUGUCGAGGGAGUCUCUCCCCGUGCCUGCCACACUUGGCGAAGCGAAGCAGAAGGCCCAGCAGGGUGACCAGACGAGCGACAGCAGCAGCCGACCGUGUUCUGCAGUAGGAAACGGAACGGCGGCCAACGCAGCUGUCGCCACCGCUACCGACGGUGUGGGUGCCCGCUCUGCGCCUCCGCCGCCGCCGCCUUUCUUCUCCAUCGUUGAGGCUGCCGCGGAGUCACGCGCGUCGCGCUCGGUGGAGAAGGCAGCGGAAAAGGGCCGCGGUAAUCAUCAACGAGACGAGCGUCGCGAACACCUCAGCCGUCACUCUCCCUCGCCCUUCUCCUCGGAGGCAUCGCAGUCGCCGAGCAGCAAGCGACGGAAAACGUCGAGUAAGCACAAGACAAAGCACGACGGCGACGACAAGCAUAAGAAGCGGAAGCAUGGCCAUGGGCGUCAUGGCCGUUACAGUCGCAGUGGCACGCGCUCGCUAUCGGGUCAGACCUGUGACACCGCCGCCGCUGAAAUUGACAGUGACAGCGACGUGGACAGCAAUCUCACGACAUCGAUAGAGUUCCAGCUGUCUCGGCUGCUACUGCUGCGCGAGGCGGCAGUGUUCACGAAGCCGCCUCUCUCUGCGGCCGUUGACGCGUCAAGGCGAAACACGCGCAAGAAAGACAAGGCAGAUGGAAAGGCAGCAAGAAAGGCUGCUGCAGCGAAGGACGAGCACCACCGCCAUCGCAACCGGAGUUCAAAGGAGAAGAGAAAGAGGUCAUCGAAGAGGGCCGCUAAGCAGCGCAGCAAGUCGCCUGCGGCCACCACCGAGUCGCGGCUCAGCGACGGCGCGGACAGGAAGAAAAAAAAGAGGGAAAAAGCAUACCACUGCUCAACCUCUCCGUCAAAGCCGGGCCCUCUGCCGCCACCGCCCCCGCACCAGCGUUCGCGCGCCUUGUACGGUGAGGAGGCCGCGGCAAGCGCUGCAGCGUCGCUUUCGGACGUGGCCUCCCGCUACCGCCUCGGCGCCCCUGGCUGCAGUCCCCGCGACGACGGCGCCGCUUUCGCAUCGACGCGCCCCUACUUCAGGGUCGGCAGGAUCUACCGCGGAGGUCAGGGAGAGGACGCGGAGGCGCCUUAUGCACAUCAUCGCGCCGCAGCCCACACUGGAGCAGACUCGGAAACCCCGUAUGAACGCUAUCGUCGGCCCUCUCACACCUCGCCACUGCGCGGCCAACGCUCCUACGUGGCACCGACAGCAUCGGGAUGGGCAGACGGUUUUCGCCCAGCCUGCAGACCCGCGCCACGCCCUGCCGCCACCGCCGAGGAUCCCUCCUUGUGGCAUCGCAGCUACAGCAGCGCAAGCCGUCCCUCGACCCGCUGGAAUGACUACGUUCGAGAUGCAGAGCGCGGCGCCGCUGGCAGGUCGUCGUCCUCUCCGUACAUGCGCGCUCAUCACUCCCGGUCCCUUGGUCAGCGACGACGCGGUAGUGACGCUGGCAUCCCUACGGCAGGGGAGUGUGGUCGCGGGAGUAGUGCCGAGGGAGGCUCGCCCAGCUCAGAACAACCGGGCUCCGGCACCUACUCUGCCACCUACGCAAGCCGUCGUCGGCAGACGGAUGAGUUUGACGAUAUCAACGUCGCGCCGAUACGACAGUACUUCAACGACCAUGGCCAAGUCGGCGCCGACGAGCGCGGCGGCGGUGUGCAGUACGGCACCACCUCAGCCUUUGAGCGGCAUCCCAGUCGGUCAGCCGCCUCCAACCGCGCACCGACGGCCCGCCCCUGGCUAUCCAACAACUACGAACGAAGCCGCGCCGUGGCGACACAGAAGCACGCCAACGUGGACGACCUUCUCGUAUCCACUCCGCCGAACGACGGUGAUGAGGGGUGUGUGCCUGACAACGCCAACGACCUCAGCCACGCUCGUCAGCGCCAAAGACGAAGCACACUGGUGCCGCCACUGCCACCGCCACCUUCGCCACCGCAAGCCUCAACAACACCGUCAGCGGCACCGACAGACACGGUGUUUGCUGCCAUCCCACGCUCCGGUGCGCUUCCCAUCCUGUCAGAGCACACCGUAACGGAUGCACAGACAGCGGAGGACUUUGUGCAGGGGGUAAGAGGAAUCAUCAGCUCACUACAGCAGUACAGGAACUCUGUGUGA